AUGGACCAUGAGACCAUCAAACAGAAAAGGCCUAUCUGCCUUACAUCCUCUGGGAACGGGCUCACUCGUGGAUUCCUACCGCGUGCAUCAAAACCUCCUUUUAAAUAUAUCGCUCUUGGGCUAUCUGUCUACAAUUAUAGUGCCCCACUACCACCAAUUCCUAUGAAAAGGGGGGAUAUGAUAUAUGCCACACCCUACAAGGAGAUUUACGGUGUAGUGUAUCACAAUUCUACCAUUCUAUUCCCCUUCGAGGGGUCAGUGAGAGAGGAGGUUGCUGGGCUCUGGAUUCUCCCUGAAGAGGACUGGGCAGAUUCCAUCCGUCUGGUUCUUCCAUAUGAGCUGGUAUGA